CCCCGCACAAUCCGCAGAUAUGACUGUCCCCAACGGAUCCUCCAAGGGUAGCACCUUUCUCUUCACCUCCGAGUCGGUCGGCGAGGGCCACCCCGACAAGAUCUGUGACCAGGUCUCCGAUGCCAUCCUCGAUGCUUGCCUCAAGGAGGACCCCCUCUCCAAGGUCGCCUGCGAGACUGCGGCCAAGACUGGUAUGAUCAUGGUCUUUGGUGAAAUCACCACCAAGGCACACCUCGACUACCAGAAGAUCAUCCGCGAUGCCAUCAAGGACAUUGGCUACGACUCGUCGGACAAGGGCUUCGACUACAAGACAUGCAACGUCCUCGUUGCCAUUGAGCAGCAGUCGCCCGACAUUGCUCAGGGUCUGCACUACGAAGAGGCUCUUGAGAAGCUCGGUGCCGGUGACCAGGGUAUCAUGUUCGGCUAUGCCACCGACGAGACCCCCGAGCUCCUCCCUCUGACUGUCCUCCUCUCCCACAAGCUCAACUCGGCCAUGACCACUGCCCGCAAGGACGGUACCCUCCCAUGGCUGCGACCCGACACUAAGACACAGGUCACCAUUGAGUACGCCCACGACGGCGGUGCCGUCAUCCCCCUCCGCGUCGACACCGUCGUCGUCUCUGCCCAGCACAGCGAGGCUAUCACCACCGAGGAGCUCCGCAAGGAGAUCAAGGAGAAGAUCAUCAAGAAGGUCAUCCCCGCCAACCUCCUCGACGACAAGACCGUCUACCACAUCCAACCCUCUGGUCUCUUCAUCAUCGGUGGACCCCAGGGUGACGCUGGUCUUACCGGGCGUAAGAUCAUUGUCGACACCUACGGUGGCUGGGGAGCCCACGGUGGUGGUGCUUUCUCCGGAAAGGACUACUCCAAGGUCGACCGCUCUGCGGCCUACCUUGCGCGCUGGAUCGCCAAGUCGCUCGUCAACGCCAAGCUGGCCCGCCGUGCGCUCGUCCAGCUGUCGUACGCCAUUGGUGUUGCCGAGCCACUCUCUCUGUUCGUCGAGACAUACGGAACCUCGGACAAGUCGUCUGACGAGCUUGUGGAAAUUGUCCGCAAGAACUUCGACCUCCGUCCCGGUGUCAUUGUCAAGGAGCUUAACCUCAUUGACCCCAUUUACUUCCAAACCGCUAAGAACGGCCACUUUACCAACCAGAGCUUUACUUGGGAGAAGCCCAAGGAGCUCAAGUUUUAAUUUUCAUGAUGCUAGACGCAUAGAGUGGGUUUGAAUCAACUUCAACCCAUAAAGACUUUAAGAUUUACGAUGAACGACAUCGCAUGAGAAAGAUUUGCAUAUCUUUGGGAGGCGGGUAAGAGCCUUUUCAACAAGUGUUUCACGGCGUCCAGGGCAUUUUAUACCCAAUGAUACCAGCCCGUUUGUUCUUUCAAAAAGUUAGGUGCAGGUUUCCUUUUCAUAUAGAGAUACAGACACAGCCUGGGGCAGGCUGUUUCAGAUGCUAGAGCUUCAACAUUAGGGCCCCUUUAGUGCGUUGUCAACGCGCACGCUGGCCUUUGUGCACAUGCCGCACGUGGUGUGUGGACGAUAGGGCCGUGGCGGGGGUUAUUCGGAACAAGGAGGAAUAGGGGAAAAACCAAAUACGAGCCAGCUCGUUCUACUUUGGGUUAAUCACUCAGAUACAACGUCCAUCACUCGUAAUAAAACAACCGCUACGGCGGAACAGA